AUGACCGGCAGCCCGCUCGACCCGUUCAAAAAAAGCGUUGUGUCGCCCGCUCGACGAGCCAGCGGCAUCCAGGCAUUCGCGGCGCCGCCGCGGCGCGUCUCGCGACGCAUCGUCCCCUCCGAUCUCAUGUUCCAGUCUCCGACAGCGGCCAAACGCACAGCGCCCGAAGCAUCGGUGACGAACACGCCAGAGGUGCAGCUGGCGUCGGAACUUGAUGGCGCAACCGGCGGUGGGGACGGGGCGGGGGAUCUGCCCGGGGACCUGGAUCAGGGGCCUUCCUUGCAUGAUGAAUUUGAGGAGCCGGACCUCCCGCCGACGCCGACGCAGCUGGGUCUGGAGAAGCCGCCUGAUCGGCCAAUGGGGCUGGGGAGUAGCAGUCCCUCAGCGCGGGCGAGGUUUGGCAAGCGACAGGGUGAUAUACCGAGUCCGUCGAAACUCAGGAGUGUCGAGUAUGGUGCUGAUGAGGAGGGUCGAUCGGAGAGCACAGAUACGACGGGUCGUGCUCUGCUUCCGGAGCCUGUUUCGAAGAAGCGGAAGCUCAAGAAACAGCUUACGGCGGAGGUUGAGCAGCUCAAGAAGGACAUUGCGGAGCUGGAGCGGUGGUCUGGCAAUCUGGAUCAGGAGGGAGGUGCAGAUCAGGACUUUGAUAAACUGAUUACCUUGUUAGUGGCCCAGGAGUCCCAGACGAGUCCGACGAAACCUCGUGCGAAGAGCACGCCGAUGUCGUCGUUGCUCUCUACAUUGCUACCAUUUUCAGCCAAAAUACCCCCCAACGCUCCCGAGGAACCUCUGCCAAAUAAUACGUUUGCCCUGGACCAGUCAUCGCAGACAGAUCCGUUCCUGACCGUGUUUGGACCACUCAACCUCACGGCCCAUUCGAAUACCGUCACCAAUGAAGAAACGAACGCUGUCCUAGAGAGACACGAGCUUGUUCUCUCGGCACCACGUCCCUUCCCUUCCGAACUGUACAGUAUAACAGUUGUCUACGAAACCAACCCCGAAACCCAGUCUCUGCUGGGGUGUCAGCCGAUACUGGGAAGCGGCCGUAUCUCGUGCUCGAGUAUGGGCCCAGAUAGAAGAGCGCCACGCCGCAUUACUUGGGAGACCAGGCAACCCUACCCGACUUUCGACGACAGACGAGAACCCUGGCGCCCUCACGAGAAAGGACCUGCGCCGCAUACUGCCGCACCUGGAACGCACGUCGAUGCUGUUCGAGUCUAA